CAAAUAGCUAGAAAACAGAAAACGGUUCUUGUCACCGUUCGUUCUCAGUACUCCCUUGUCAUUCUCUCACAGUCACAGAAAUCAAACUCCAUGCAAUGGCGACCCACCUGAGACCAUUCACCAUCGGCACACCAUACAGAUCACCGCCGCACCUUCUCCGUCAACAACCACCACAACAACAACCAGGAAGAAAGAGAACAGAAUGGACAAAUUUGAAGGUCCGAGCGAGCUCAUCGUACCUCGACAUGUGGAAAAAUGCUAUAGAAAGAGAAAGAAACACCACACACUUCAACAAAAUCGCCGCUGCAAGUGACGGCGGCGUGGAAGAGGAUGUGGAGAAGAAAACUCAAGAGUUCCAGAAGCUUCUAGAGGUUUCCAGUGAAGAGCGUGACAAGAUUCAGAGGUUGCAGGUGAUUGAUCGUGCUUCCGCUGCAAUCGCUGCUGCUAGAGCGCUUCUGAAGGACGCUAAUAGCAACAGCGUUCGUUCUGAUUCCGGCACAUUGCAGCAAACUGAAUCAGAUUCAGGAAAGAAGAAUGAGAGUGUUGUUAUGCCAGAUUCUGGAACACAGAAUGGGACUCCUUUUGUGCCAGAGUCAGGAACACAGAAUAGGACACUUUCUGUGCCAAAAUCAGGAACACAAAAUGGGAAACUUUCUGUGCCAAAAUCAGGAACACAAAAUGAGACUCUUUCUGUGCCAAAAUCAGGAACACAAAAUGGGACUCUUUCUGAGCCAAAAUCAGGAACACAGAAAGAUGGUAUCCCAGGUCCGGAUUUUUGGUCCUGGACACCUCCAUCUGAUGAUAAUGUUCCUUCAAACGAUGCCAAUGGGUUGCAGUUAGAUACCAAGUCUUCAGUUAAUCCAACCUUAUCCAAUCCUGUUCUGGAGAAGGAAAGGUCAUCGCAAACUCUCUCGAUUCCAUUUGAAAGUUUACUUACUCAAAGCAAACAUUUUCCUAAACUUCCGCCACUUCAGUCGUCAUUGGAGGUUGAAACCUCUGCUUCCAGUGUAGAGUCUCCUUCCUUGGAAGAGGAACAGAAACGUGAUGCGUUAUCUUCCGACUAUGCCGCAGAAAUAGUUCGUGCCCUUGAUACAGACAUUUCGCCUAUUGGAGUGAACCCGGAUGGAACGAGAUGGUGGAGAGAGACCGGAAUCGAGCAAAGACCUGAUGGUGUCAUUUGUAGAUGGACUGUGAUCAGAGGUGUUAGUGCUGACAAAGCUUUGGAGUGGCAAGACAAGUUCUGGGAGGCUUCUGAUGAACUUGGAUAUAAGGAACUUGGCUCUGAGAAAUCUGGACGUGAUGCAGAAGGAAAUGUUUGGCGUGAAUUUUGGAGAGAAUCCAUGCGUCAGGAAAAUGGGCUAAUGCAUUUUGAGAAAACUGCAGACAAGUGGGGAAGUAAUGGGAAAGGCGAUGAAUGGCACGAAAAAUGGUUUGAACACUACGAUGCCUCUGGUCAAGCAGAGAAAUGGGCACACAAGUGGUGCAGUAUUGACCCAAACACACCUCUUGAUGCAGGUCACGCUCAUAUCUGGCAUGAAAGGUGGGGCGAAACAUAUGACGGGUAUGGUGCUAGCAUAAAAUACACUGACAAAUGGGCUGAGCGUUCGGGAGACGGUGGAUGGGAGAAGUGGGGCGACAAAUGGGAUGAAAAUUUCGAUCAAAACGGUAAUGGUGUCAAGCAAGGAGAAACCUGGUGGGAAGGUAAGUAUGGAGAGCGCUGGAACCGGACAUGGGGUGAGCAACACAAUGGUUCUGGAUGGAUUCACAAGUACGGAAAAAGCAGUAGCGGGGAACACUGGGAUACACACCAAAUGCAAGAUACUUGGUAUGAGAGAUUCCCUCAUUUUGGUUUCUUUCACUGCUUUGAAAACUCAGUCCAGCUCAGGGAAGUUCAGAAACCAUCUGAAAGGCAAGAACCUUAAUUUGCCGAAACCGUGUGAAAAUAUAGGAACUUUAAGAAUCAAAGUCGCGUGAUGAAUGAAUGAAGGAAUGGUGUGUAAUAAUGAUGUAAUAAUAAUAAAUAGUGGUGUGUAUUGCUAGUAAUUUAUGCAGAGAAUGGCUUUUGCAAUAUGUAAUCAAGAUAGUGAUCAAGAACACACAAGUAUUUAAUGUGAAAUAAUGAUAUAAUAUGCAGCCAAA